AGGGGGUGGAAUGAAAUGUUUUACCUUAACUAACUAUUUUUUUAAAUUAUGAUCUUGGCAACAACACUAAUGUCGUCUUCUCUCAAGUCUCAACCUUCUACAGCUGUCAAUGAAAAUCUUAACUCAUUCCUUUCCGUAUCUUAAAAAUUUUACUAAUUUGUUAAAAGGUUCAAUCAAAUCAUUUCAUAGCAUGGGACGGUUGGAUGAGCAUGUAAAAUCAAUAUGGAGGUCAGCUGAUGCAGUAUGUUUUGACGUAGAUUCAACUGUAUGCACUGAUGAAGCCAUAGAUGAAUUGGCAAAAUUUGUUGGCAGAGACAAAGAAGUGGCGGAUUUGACUCAAAAAGCAAUGAAGGGUGGACUGUCAUUUCAAGAAGCACUUUCAAGAAGAUUAGAUAUCAUUGAACCUUCCGUGUACAUUGUGAGAAGAUAUCUUGAGACUCGUCCACCAUCUCUAACACCUGGAAUAAGAGAAUUAGUUGCAACACUUCAUGAUCAAGAAGUUCCUGUAUAUCUUGUUUCUGGAGGAUUUGAUACCAUUAUCCAGCCAGUUGCACAAGAAUUAGAUAUUCCAUUUAACCACAUAUUUGCUAACAGACUAAAAUAUUUUUUCAAUGGAGACUAUGCAGGUUUUGAUGAAACGCAACCAACUUGUGAACAAGAUGGUAAAGCACAGGUCGCAGCUUAUUUAAAGCAUCGGUAUGGGUAUCAAAAGUUAGUAAUGGUUGGAGAUGGCGUGACUGACUUAGUAGCUUCACCACCUGCAGAUCUCUUCAUUGGAUUUGGUGGAAAUCAAAUACGAGAAAAAGUACAAAAAGAAGCAAAGUGGUUUGUAACUAAUUUUGAUGAACUCAGAAAAGAGCUCUUAAGGAAGUGAAAUAUGUUUUGUAAAAUAUACAUUCAUUAUUAGCCAUAAAUAGCUGUGAUUUUUACACACACAAGCAAUAGUCUUCGUAUAAAAUCAAACUGCUAAAAGUUUUCGUACUUAUUAAAUCUAAAGUUUUUAUUUUAAAACUGCAUUUUAUUCCAUAUGUUCUUUGUUCGAUAGUGUACUAUUUCUUGAUAAAUAUUAAGUUGAACAUUUAUAGGAAAAUUUUGCUUAAGUAUCAAGACUACAAAUUAGCACCAUUAGAAAAUGUAUUAUGGCAAUGUAAGUUAAUAUCUUUUUCAGUUUUAAUGUGAUCACCAAAAUUUUGAAUGAAAAAAGUAGCAUGUUAUUUGUUUAAGAUUUAGUUAUUUAAUUGGAAUAAAUGUAACUGCUUCUCAACUAUCUAUAUUGGUUAAUGCAUACUAAUUCAAUAUUUGGUGGCAUUUUUCAGACACUUAAUUUGAAAUGACGUCUCUUAUAAUGAAGAAUUAUGAUUUGAUCAAAAAGUUUUGCUCAAUUGGAGUUUUAUGGUUAAUUUGUAAUCAUGCUUUUACGUAAGCGUUACUUUCAUUCAGAAAUUAAACAUAUAAUUUUAUAUACCAAUAAUGUGCAAGUAUAAAAGAAAGCUAUGCUAAUCAUUAAAAUAUUAAUUACAUUGCCAACAUUUGUACAUCAAUAUUUCUUUGCUUAAUGUCAACCCUUUGAUGCUUAUGUACAUUGCAUUGCAUUUUCCGAUACUACUGUAAUGCCUAAAAUAAUAUGUGUGCAAUUUGAGCAGAGCUCUUUAAAAUAAAUCUUGUAGAACAUGCUAGCAUGUGCAUGAUUAUCAAAGGGAGAAGUUCAGUUAUGAAAAACAAAGAAAUAUCCAUAAUAUUUUUAAUACAUGUGGUUUUUGCGCAUGGAAAUUUUUACUAUUUGUUAAGCAUAAAAUAACAUUUCUGACAAUUAAUGUUAAGUUAUCAUGUGCUUGUGUUUUGGACAAGCAAAGUUCUAUGAUCUGAACUUCUAAUGUGAUACGCCACUUCGUAAGAAGUUUCCUAUAGCAGUUAUAAUGCUGCACAUUUUUAAACAGCAUUUGUAUGUUAGAAUAUUCUUUGUUUAAUGUAAAAAAAAAAACUAUCAGACUUAGUAAAAUAUCUACAGUGGUUCUGAAAAUUUUGUACCAUUUGAAUGUUUGAGAUAUAAAACUACCCAGAAACGAUUAUGUGACAUUUUCGUACAAAUAAGAUAUUUUACUAGAGAAGGGAGGAAUGUGGAAAAAAUGACAAAAUCAAAUCAAUUUA